CUGUUCACUUGUUUCACUUCAGCGGUAUACAAAAGCAUUAUCUUUGAAUCAAAGAUCAACCCUGGUUGAAAGAUCCAGGCAAAAGCCUCAGGAUAGAAUGCGAACUUUGACUGAUGCUGUGAGAAGCAACCAAUAUAAUGAGGAUCCUGUACUUUCUGCAUGUGGAAUUUCCACAGGAAAGCAAUUAACAGAAGUUGAUGGUCGUGUCCUUGAGGCCCCAAGGUUGAAGGUUGGUAACCAUGAGGUUUGUAUCCCAAGAAACGGACGUUGGAACUUUAACAACAAGAAACUUCUGGAUCCAAAAAAAAUCGAACGUUGGAUUGUUGUCAACUUCUCUGCCCACUGUGACAUUAGUCGCAUUUCAAGGGAUCUCAUCAGUUGUGCAAGAAACAAGGGCAUUCAAAUGGAACGCCCACACACACUGAUUGAGGAGGAUCCACAGACAGUUGGUGCCAGCCCUGCUGCUAGAGUGGAAGUGAUGUUUGAUCAGAUUAAAUCAAAGCUUCCUGGCCCACCUGAUUUUAUUUUAUGUGUCUUGCCAGUGAGGAAGAACUCCGAUAUUUAUGGACCUUGGAAGAAAAAAUGUCUUAGUGAUAUUGGAAUUGUCACACAAUGCAUUUCCCCUGUAAAAGUUAAUGACCAAUACCUCACAAAUGUACUCCUUAAAAUCAAUGCAAAGCUUGGAGGAAUCAAUUCUUUGUUGGAAGUAGAGCGCCCCUCAAAUCUUCCUCUGAUAAAAGAUAUUCCUACAUUGAUUUUGGGAAUGGAUGUCUCUCAUGGCUCCCCUGGUCGAUCAGAUAUCCCAUCAAUAGCUGCAGUUGUUGGUUCACGUUGCUGGCCACUGAUUUCAAGGUACAGAGCAUCUGUGAGAACACAAUCACCAAAGUUGGAGAUGAUUGAUGCUUUAUAUAAGCCAUUAGCAAAUGGAAAUGAUGAUGGUAUCAUCAGGGAAUUACUCUUAGAUUUCUUUAAAACCAGCAAUGGUUGCAAACCAAAACAGAUUAUUGUGUUCAGGGAUGGAGUAAGUGAGUCUCAAUUUAACCAAGUUCUAAACAUUGAGCUGGAGCAAAUCAUUAAG